CGAGUUGAAGCUGUGAAGAGUAAAGACUGAUUGAAGAGAACAAAUUUUUGUAAAUUAUUUUUUGUUGGAAAGUUCUUCUGGAAGUGCACUGAAGAAAGCUAUGGCAUCUUACAAACAUGGUAUAAACCUCUUCCAUUUAAUAUUGUUGGCGGAACUGUUCUUAGCUUUUAGCGAAAGCAAAGCUGAUGGUGCAAAGUUGAGGUAAAUCAAUUUUAAUAUAGAAAUUUUACUCGAAAGGAAUAUUUUCAGCGUGUUUCUUGUUUUUCAACUGUUCGAAUAAAUGCUUAACGAAGUUAAUAUUGUGACUGAUUCACAUUCCUUUCUUUUCUUUACCUUUCUCACAUUAUUUAUCUUAUCCCACAUUUCAACACUAGCAGCCAAUUAGAAGGGAAAUCUCCACGUCGCGGACCUCUAGGCCAAUUACUUGGACAAGAUGGUAAGCAAUGUCUUUGAUUUUAGUAGAAUUUUUCCGAAAGCCGUUCUCUGAAACGUACACGUCCUAUACGUAAUAUUACGUGAAUGCGCACAUACUAUAUACUCAGGCUCUAUUAUCCAGAAAAUGUUACUGAGCACGCGAUGGAAAACUAAAUAUGUACCAAGGAGUAGCCGUGUUGUAAGUACUCGUUACUGAAGUAACGCGUUGCUAAUUUCUAAUUACUUUGUGAGUAUUUUCACAGUAACUAAUUACUUCUUGUACCAAAGUAAUUUGUAACGUAAUUAAUAGAGACCUUACGAUUUAAGACGGCAACGCGACGGGGACGGCUAUAAAUACAAUGGAAUUUACUGUAGUUAAGAAAAGAAAUGAAUAAUUAAUAUCCCACGAGAGUUUUAGACGUUGUCCUCGCUCUUGUUUACAACGGUAAACUGCAGAUUUAUACGUUUUUUGUGCGACGUCUUCAUUUCAAGCCGCGAGAAGCGGUACCUAGCAAAUUAGCUCAGUAUCGAGGCAGAAAUUGUUUCAACCAGAAAGCCCUUAGAAAAAGUUUUAGAUUCAUAUGAUUGAUAAUACAUAACAAGCUCUUUUUAUAAUCACUUAUUUGAAUGCGUUUGUUUUUGCCGCUGUCGUUCUCGUCUUACAUCGUAAGGUAUCUAUUUACUUUUUGAAGGAAACGAGUAAAACAAGGUAACGUUGCUUUAAUUUUCCCUAAGAUAACGUAGAGCCGAAAGGAGCAAUAUGAAUUUUUUUUGGAAUUUUCUUCUUUGCAGCCCCAGUUGCUCAUAUUGACAACGGAAUACUGAAUGGAAAAGAAGAGGACUCGCACAAUCCAAAAAAACGAAUCGUAGCCGCUACUGCGGCAGUCGUUUCAGCCGGAGCCGUGACCAUAAGUGCUUUGAUAGCUGCCGUCAAUGCAAUUGGAAAUGUUCAACGAAAGAUUUCGAUCGGCAUUACAAAUGACGGGCGUUACCAGUUUGAAGCUCUCAACACAUAUUUUUUCUCCGGAACAUCUGACCAAGUACUACCAAAUUACGUCCCUCCCAACAAGGGCGUAAUUUAUACAGCAAGAAAAACCAGUGGAGCUGCAACGGGAGCGGUUGGUGUAAUCUCUUUCUACAUAACAAACGAAGAUAUAACCCUUUGUGUUCUCUUCAGCGUACCCUAUGAUUACAAUUUGUAUUCGAACUGGUGGAAUGCGAAGGUUUAUCAGGGCAAGAAAUACGCAAAUUACAACGCCUACAAUGAUCUCUAUUAUAGCAGCAGCCCGUUUAAAGGAGAUAAUCGGUAUCAUUCUAAAAGCCUUGGUUGGCACUACACGGCAAAAGGUGUCAUGAGUAGUUCAGGAACAGGCUACCUACAACUAAGUGUAAAGAAACAGUGAAACUUAUAUCGUUUCCUCAAAACCUUUUUACUUUAAUCCAGCAAUGUAUCCGUUAUUCUGUUUAGUGAUAGUGUGAACAAGAAAGAACGUUUAAGGAUUUGAACAAAUCCUUAAACGGCAAUCAAUUGGUAAAUAAAAUACAAUUAAUUUGCUC